UAUCGUUCGCGAACCAAAGCAUGCGGCGACCCAACUAAAAAGUUUAUUUCUAUCGAGUUCCUCGCUCCGGAUGGCCACGCACAUCGUCCAUCUCCAGCAAGUCGAAAAAACCAUGAACAUGCAAAAUGAUGAAUCGAUUAUAAUAUCCACGACUGUGCCGCGGAUUUUCCUCCAACGUGGAAUUUCAAGCAUUUAUAAAUCAGUCAAUCCGUGCCAACCUCAUGGAGCGACUGACCUUUCGACCUCCACGCAGCCGACCAAUGAAGCCGCCCCACGACUGGAGUGCAAAGUUUGCGACAAAAAAUUCAACCAUACCGACGAGAGAAAUUACUUUUAUCACUUGAAUCCGAAACGGUGCGAGUUUUGCUCGGAAAUUUUCGAGUGCUCUUCACUAUUCAACCGUCACAAAAGAUGGUACUGUCCGAAUUUGCCCAAGAAAGACAAAAAGAUCCGGCAGAAGUGGAAGUGCAACUCGUGCUCGCGUUUCCUGCUCAGUUUGGUCAAUUUCAAAAAGCACUGCAAAAGCGCCCGGAAGUGCCGAAAGUGCGGCGAGGCGAUCGCGUGCAUCGGCCUGGUCAAAGUGCACAGAUUGCAUUGCCCGAACCCUUCGAAACCGAAGCAGAAAAAAAUCGACCAGCAGGAAAUCAUCUCCAUGUCGUGGCUCACCUGCCAAUUUUGCCAGCAAUUCUACUCUUCGGAAAACGGGCACUUCGGGAAAACUUUCAUUAACUGCCGAAAGUGCCGGCAGAGUUUCGAUUGCAGGGGACUUUGCACCCAACACGAAGUCCAGUGCUGCGACUAUUUAAACUGCAAACCGUGCGGAAAACAUUUCAGCACAAACGUUGCUUUAAAAACGCACACCGUUCUGCGCCGAUGCAAAUAUUGCACUCACGCCAGCGAGUGUUAUUCAAAAUUCAGGCAACAUUUGUGUCCGGAAACGCCGAUGGAAACGAAGAAAAUUCAGGAAAUUCCCAUCACUCCGGAGGAAGUUUCCGAAGUCAAUCCGGAAAAGGACGAAGAGGAAAUUAUUCAGAUCGAGUACAAAGUUUUCAAGGAAGAGCAGAUCAAAGAAUGCCGCUUUUGCCAAAGUGUUUGCAAUUCGGUGGAAAAUUUCGAGUGUCACACGCGGCAGACGGACUGUCCGAGGUGCGGAUUCCCGCAACCGUGCAACACACUUUUGGCCCAUCACUUGGACAUGUGUCGAUUUGUGAAAAAACAGGAGCAUCAGUUCCGGUGCGCCGAGUGCGAACAAAAGUUUGACAAAAAGCAUCAGUUGGAUUCGCAUCAGAAGCGAUGCCACUCGAAUUCGAGAUUGGGUGAAAAAAUCUUGGACCUGCUUUUGGGCAGAGCGGCGAGUGAAACGCAGAGACGCGUUAUUGAGAAUGUUCUAGUUAAGAAGGAACCGGUUGACGUGAUUGAAAUUGAAUAGCGGCAAUUUAUCAAUUCAAUUCGUUUAUUCUCUCACAACAGGCCAAGGGACAAUUAAAAUGGAUUUGUAUAGUUUGUGCAGUUUUUUAUUCUUCUAGAUGUUUUAAAAUUAUAAUAAUACUGAUGCUAAGUCUAAAUGUUUUUAUGUUUAAUUUUUGCUAAAACAUUCAUUUUGGAAAAAUGUGGAUUGUUUCUGAUUUUAAACCUAUUAGGCUAUUAUGUUAGGACGUAAUUGUUUGGUUUUUUACUUUUUUACUCUUUUAUUAUUCUAACCAUUAAUUUUAAAUGUUUUGUUUAUUUUAAUCUUUAUUUUUUCAGGAUUUUUAAACAAUUCUUGAUAAUGUUACUUCAGGAUAUUUUAAAAUCAAAAUUCAAUUAAAAAUUGAAG